CAACAGGAGGAGAUUCAUGAUGUUCACACACGAUCAGAUGAUGAAGAUCUCCAAGGCAAGAGCACAGGUGGAGCUGGAUCGGUACGAAGAGCAGCUGAUUUCGGUUGAACACCCAGCUUUCCAGAAGAUCCUCAAGAUUGCUACAAGACUAGUGGAGAGUAACCCUGAUCUGAUGCAGAUGGAUGUUGAGAAGUGGCGGAUUAGUGUUGUUGAUUCUCCAGAUGUCAAUGCCUUCGUUGUACCGCAUGGACAUAUUUUCGUGUUUAUGGGAAUGACAAAGGUUGCUAGGACUGAAGACCAAAUGGCAAUAGUCCUUGGGCACGAGAUGGCACACACCCUUCUCUCUCACGCG